AUGCAUGGAGUUGAGGUAUCAGCGGAGAAUCAACUGCGUCAAGUAAAGAGCGACAUUGCUCUGCUCAACCAUUACCUUAGCGAGGCUGAAAAGGGUCAUGAAAUGCCAUGUGAAGAACUGAAUGAGCGUAUAGAAAGGACACAGAGGAUCCUCCGUAGUCUUUCAGAUGGUCGAGUAGAUUACCAACUUGAUUCCGUUAGUGGUGGUGUUGGCGCCCCCUCUUUAUUGCAGGGCACAGUACCUCACACACGGGUAGUGGGGAAGCAAGGAGUGAGUAACCUGCAACGCCGCACGGCCCAACAACUUCUCUCUGAGCUGAGUCUUAUUGAGUCUUCACUACAACGCUUGAACCAUAAGGCAGAAAAGCAUAACAUGUAUUUGUCCGAAGUAGAUCAGCUCAUGGGCUCCCUACGAAACAAUGGAACUCAUGAUGACGUCUCGGCACUUCAGCACGCUGAGCGAGAGCGCGCAUCUCUCCAGUACGCUCGAGCCAGAGUCCAGGCGAUGAUCAAUGAGAGUAAUUCUGUGAUGAAAGCUCUUCAGGAUCAGGGAAGGAGUUUGGAGUCAACCAACAGCAGAGUUGCGGAUAUUUUGGAGUCCCUUGGUGUCUCUAACUCAACUACUCUACAAAUCCUGCGGCGCAAUAAAGUUGAUGCAUGGCUUGUAUAUGGCGGUAUUGCACUCACGUUGCUGUUUAUCUAUCUGAUAUGGUAG